GGGGUUGUUUUCCUGUGCUUUUUGAGCCUUUUUCCCCUUUUUUUUCUAUGUAUGCUUUCGUGCAAUUCUAAGCUGGAUCUCUUUUGUUUGCAUGCAUGUCCAGCAGUUCUGACAGGAGGGGUCUGUUCUCUGGAAAGUGGGACCUCUUCGUAAGGUGGUAGAAAUGUCGGCAGAACGGAAAGAUUCUGAGAAAAUGCAAGGCAGGGACAAUGCACCGUCGGUAGUCACACAGGUUGGAGACUUUAAGCACCCACUGGAUGACUUGUCAAAAUCCAGGACCAAGCCACCUUAUGGGGUAAGGGGAGUCUUUGCUGGCAGUCCCAAAAGAUAUAUAAGUCCCCCAGGAGGACGACCCUUUUCCAGUUCUCCAGUUGGGUCUCAAGUUCCGGUCAGCAUUGCUAAAGAAAGACCUCGGUCUAGUUCGCCUAUUCCAGGUCCAGGACAAGUCCCAGGCAAGUCAAAGCAAUGUGAAAGCAACAAGAAACCAGUGUCGCCAAUUCGCGUUCGAGCAGUAGACCCCUGCAAACCAAAUAAAUGUGAAGACAAGUAUAAAGCUGUGUCAUCACCAGUACGGAUUCCUUUCAGGGGGCGUUGCCAACCAGAUUGCGAUCCCAAGUAUGAACGCGCUGCACCAGUCCGCGUUGCAGUCCCACAAAGUCCCACAAGAGACAAACCUCUGCCAAGUUCGCCGGUUCCAGGUGCGGGGCAAGUCGGUGACAGACCAAGGAAAUGCGACGGCAAGUUCUAUAAUCCUAGGAUUCCGAAAGAUUUCCCACCCUGUAAACCCCAAGCUGUAACCGCAAACCAGGCGCAGAGUAGCUCCGCCAUAGGCAAUACGUUUGCGGGCAUCGGGUUGCGGGCAUUGCCGGGUCCGGAUGGAAAAUGUGUGCCAUGUCCACCUCCAAAACUGUCGGUUCGUGAUGGAAUGGCAUUCUUCGGGUUGACGGCACUCGGCAAGAGAUCGCUCUUCUCAACGCUCAGCGUCAAAGGCUCGGCUAUUCACUUUCACGACAUUGAAGUCAGCAGAUUCCAUGAGGAGUUCCAGACAAUGUCAAAGUUGGAUGCUGCAGAGUUGGAGCGAGCACUCAAACUUUGCCCUCCAACAAAUCCACCAACGGAGAUUUCACUCAAUCGAAGCCGCAUACCACAACUCUUUGCUAGCGUCCUGGGCCGGGAGCUUAAAUGGGAGGAAGUAGAGGCCUUGAUAGGAUCAUUUGGCACUGGCCCAGGGAGGAUAUCAUUUUCUGACUUCCGUCAAGACCUGGAGAAGCUUCGAAAGAGAUUCCGCAACCCUCCAGUUCCUGCUGUAUACAAGUCAAAUCAGAGGUUCCAGGAGGACCGACACCGGCACAUCCGCAGCAUUUACGGGCCCACUGAUGUCUUCCUCAGGCCCGUAACAAAGAAUCAGGAAUACGGAUGGGGAAUGUUUCAUCCUUUGCCGCAUGACGAUAUAUACUAUCCCUUGCGGAGCACAGAUGUGACCCGGAAGGAAGGCAUCUGUAUUGAGACGUACUACGGGCUUUUCUGAGAAUUCGGAUAAAGCUGGCUGGCGCGU